GAGAAAUUCCAUCGGCUCGCUGAGCGUCACGUGAUCACAACAUUAAAUCAAGGCGAAAAACGCUUCCUUUCAGUCAUGCCAGCAAAAGACCCUUGCAAAAAACAAGCUUGCGCCAUCCAGGCGUGUUUACAAGCUAACAAGUACGUGGAGAGCAUGUGCGCGGAUGUGAUCGAUGACAUGCGACGGUGCUGCCGGAUAUAUGGCGCAAACUCCCUCUGCUGCUCCGGUUUUAAAGAUCCCGAACACACAGAGAGGAAACCCAGCACGUAGUUUCCAACGUAGCUUGUGGGACAACAGCUGGAAGCAUCAGUGGCUGAAGUAUAAUUUAUUGAAUAAAUAUUUGAAGACAUGAAAUGGUU